AUGCCUGUUACGCCGCUACACAACGAUACUGCCAGUCUACAUAUAUUCGGGCGCGAUGUUCAGAGCACACUGACGCCCAAUGACACGCAACGGACUACGCUUAUAGUUGCGGGAGUCUAUAUUUUGGUCAUAGGCAUUCUAUGGCAUGUUCCAUUCCUGAACGUGAUCAUCUACCCCUUCAAGCUGUUAACGGUUGGGUUUCAUGAGAUGAGCCAUGCUUUCGCUGGAGUCUUGACUUGCGCACAUAUACACUCCAUCGAGCUUGAUCCGGACGAAGGUGGCGCCACACGUAUGAGCGGCGGUAUAUCCUGGAUCACUCUACCAGCCGGCUACCUCGGCAGUUCCUUCAUCGGCGCAUGCCUCAUUGCUUGCGGCUUCGACACCGAUGCGAGUAAAGUCGCAAGCUUGGUGGUUGCUGCCUUCUUCCUGUUUACUUUGUGGUGGGCACGAAAGAAUUGGCUAACAUGGGUACUGAUCAUCGGUAUGACCGGUCUGAUUGUGCUCUUCUGGUUCGUGGCAGGGGGUGUGGCGCUGAGAUACUUCAUCCUAUUCAUUGGUGUCAUGUCCUGCCUGUAUGUCAUCUGGGAUAUCGUCGAUGAUACCAUUGCGAGGAAAAUCAACCAGUCCGACGCUUCUGCCUUCGCCAAAAUCUGCGGAUGCUUCCCUUCGCAAGUCUGGGGAGUCAUCUGGCUGCUCAUCGCGAUCGUCUUCUUCGCAGCCGGGAUACUCGUUGGUCUCGCUGCGUUCAAGGAAUCCGCCGCGCAACAAGCGGAAGACUCGAAACACUUCUUGCCCGUCCCCGGCAGCGGUGCGCUUGCGAAUGCGCCCAUACCUACCGCUUUGCUAUCUCUUGUUAUCGUUGUUGGAACCAUCUUGGCUUGA